AUGCAGAAGAAAUGGUCACAAAUAGUUCCAUGUGGGACCAAAAAGACAACAGGGAAAGCCCUACACAUACCAUUCUGUCUUCCUUAUCAUCUUUACUUAAUCAUAAUGUUGUUCUACUGUUCUCCUGCAGUUAUUGCCUUUCACUUUCUUUUUUUAGUACUCAACUUUAGGUUCCUCUUAGUUUCAGAUCUCCAAUAAUUAUUUAUAGUAGCUAGAAUUAACUCCUUCUGUUUAGUAUAUAGAGGGAUUAAGAUCUUGUUAUAUUCCAAGACUGUUGGAGAGGUAUAUACAUAUAUUAUGGAGCAGCAGUAUAACAACCCUAGUUCGUCAACAUGUAAAGCUGACAGAAAGACAAUAGAGAAAAACAGAAGAAAUCAAAUGAAAGAUCUCUAUUUGAAGCUCAAUUCACUUGUCCAUCAUGAUCAGCAUAUUAAGGAAUUUUUGUCACUGCCAGAUCAACUGGAAGACGCAGCCAAUUACAUUAAGAAAUUGCAAAUAGAUUUGGAAAGAAUGAGACAGAAAAAAGAGAACUUAACCGCAGGUGUAAAUUCAAGUACUAGGAUAAGCAGUACUGGGAGAAUGGAAAGUUUGCCAUUGCCACACAUUGAGAUCCAUAAUGUGGAUUCAGCUCUAAAAGUUGUUCUAAUUACUAGUGCAGAUUAUCACUUCAUGUUCAAUGAUAUAAUCCGUACGUUACAUGAAGAAGGCGUAGAAAUUAUAAAUGCUAGUUAUACUGUCGUUGGUGACACCAUCUUCCAUUCCAUACAUUCUAAGGUGGGAGAAUGUGCAACUUCAUCAGGAUACGAAGCUGCAAAAGUCUCACAGAGAUUAAAUCAAUUAGUGGGUCAAGGUGCUACUGCUAGCUAACUAGCAAGCAACUUCUGUUAGUGAUGUUUUUCUUUUGGCACGUGCUAAUUAUCUCUGCUAGCUGCUUUAUUUUCAAGUUUUUUUUUUCAAAUUUUUAGGGUGAAUGCUGGAUUUCUGUUUUAACAAAAUCAUGUAUAAUCGUUGAACUUGGGGUCUUGGCAUUUCCAGUUUUUUACUCUUUAAUCGAUUGACACAUGAUGAGUUAAUACCGCACUCAUUUUUUAUCCCUUUUUCCUGUUGUGUUUUGGUGAUGAAAUUACAUGACGAAAACUAUUACUAGUACUAGUAGAAAUAUACAGUGUCAAUUACUUAGAUUACAAGGGGUUAGGAGUUUGGAAUGAUUUUGUGUUAUUCCAUUAUUCCACCCACUGCUUCUAUUUUUUUGUAUCUUGACCUCAAUAAUUGAUUCUCUCUCAAU